AUGGCCGGCAGUCUGACCCACCACGGCUCCCCGAACCCCGGCUACAGCUCCGGCAGCGCGGUCCCGGUGCCGGUCAUCACGCAGACGGACUCCAGGGACAAAUGGAGCAAAAAGAUGGAUUUUCUCUUGUCUGUCAUUGGCUUUGCGGUGGACCUGGGAAAUGUCUGGAGAUUUCCAUACAUAUGUUAUCAAAACGGUGGCGGUGCUUUCCUCAUUCCCUACAUUUUGAUGGCCAUCUUCGGUGGUGUGCCGCUCUUUUACAUGGAGCUGGCGCUGGGGCAGUUCCACAGAACUGGAGCCAUAUCCAUAUGGAAACACAUCUGUCCCAUUUUUAAAGGUAUAGGAUACGCCAUUUGCAUCAUCGCCCUGUAUGUGUCCUUCUACUACAACACCAUCAUCGCCUGGGCCCUCUUCUACUUCUACUCCUCUUUCUCCAGCAUCCUGCCUUGGACAAACUGCGACAAUGUGUGGAAUACCCCCGACUGCACUAACUAUUUUGGCAUGGACAACGUCACCUGGACGAAUUCCUCCAGGUCUCCGGCAGAGGAAUUUUACACGAGGAACGUUCUUGAGAUCCACAAGUCGUCAGGGCUGAGGAACGUCGGGGGUGUUCGCUGGCAGUUGAUGCUCUGCCUUUUCCUCAUUUUCACCAUUGUGUACUUCAGCCUCUGGAAGGGCGUGAAGACUUCAGGGAAGGUCGUGUGGGUGACUGCCACCUUGCCCUACAUAGUCCUCUUCAUCCUGCUAAUUCGAGGCGCCACUCUGCCGGGAGCCUGGAGAGGUGUGGUGUUUUACCUAAAACCCCAGUGGGGGAAGCUGCUCGAGACCAGUGUGUGGGUGGAUGCUGCCGCUCAGAUCUUCUUCUCUCUGGGGCCCGGCUUCGGGGUGCUCCUGGCUCUCUCCAGCUACAACCCUUUCACAAAUAACUGCUAUCGCGACGCCAUUGUGACCAGUCUGGUGAACUGUCUGACCAGCUUUGUGUCGGGGUUCGUCAUCUUCACGGUGCUGGGCUACAUGGCCGAGAUGAGGAAGGUGGAGGUUGAGGACGUAGCCAGGGAUAAAGGGCCAAGUUUGCUCUUCAUCACGUACCCAGAAGCCAUUGCAAACAUGAUGGGCUCGACCUUUUUUGCCAUCAUCUUUUUUGUGAUGAUGAUCACGCUGGGACUGGACAGCACGUUUGGUGGGCUGGAGGCCAUCAUCACCGCCGUGUUGGAUGAAUACCCGGAUCAUUUCUCUCACAGGCGUGAACUUUUUGUCCUGUGCUUGGUAGUUGUCUGCUUUUUGGGCUCUCUGAGCACCCUUACAAAUGGUGGUGCCUAUGUGGUGAAGCUGCUGGAGGAAUUCGGAGUAGGAUGCUCCAUUAUAGCUGUGGGUUUCCUCGAGGCCAUCGCGGUUUCCUGGUUCUACGGUAUCAACAGAUUCAGCAGUGAUGUUCAGGCCAUGCUGGGCAAAGCUCCAGGAUUAUUCUGGAGGGUGUGCUGGGUGGCCAUCAGUCCAGCAUUUCUAGCGUAUAUUAUAGUGAGCUCCCUGCUCAAAGCGCCGCCCCUCACACUGUUUGACUAUAAGUACCCUGACUGGAGCAUCACAGUGGGAUACAUCAUUGGCUUCUCAUCCUUCAUGUGGAUCCCCAUCUACAUGGUCUACAAGCUGGUGUGGACUCCUGGAUCUCUCAAACAGAGGCUGGCGGUGUGCCUCAGACCAGAGAGGACCAUACCGGACAUCCACGCUGACAGCCUCAACAUGGCUGCCGUGCCAUAG